GAGCGGCGGCGGCGGCCAUGGAGGCGUCCCCGGGCGCGCGCAUCCGUGAGGGGGACUGCGCCGUCCUCAAGCGCGGCGAGGUCUUCAAAGCCGUGCCCGUCCUGCGCCGCAGGCCAUCUGGCAUAGCGGGAAGCGCCUGUACCCCAGCAGGAAUUGCUAAAAUCAAUGGACACAGCCUGGGCUUCUCCCCCUUGCAGCAGAAAAAUUUAUAGACCAAGGUGUAGAAGUCAGUGUUGGGUAAUGUGGCCAGACAUCUGAUUCAGUAGGAUGGAGAUUUGAAGAAAAAUUAUCUUUGAGAAGCAGUGGUUCUACCUGGAUAAUGCCAUUGGACAUAUUUAUGGAACUACAUUUGAAGUAACCAACGGUGGAAACCUCCAGCCAAAGCAAGAGGUGGAAGAGACUACCACAGAAACAAAGGAAGCAGGUACAGAUAAUCGUAACAUAGUUGACGAUGGGAAGUCUCAAAAACUGACUCAUGAUGACAUAAAGGCUUUGAAGGACAAGGGUAUUAAAGGACAGGAAAUAGUUCAACAGUUAAUAGAGAACAGUACAACAUUCAGAGACAAAACAGAAUUUGCUCAAGAUAAAUACAUAAAGAAGAAGAAAAAAAAAUAUGAGGCAGUUAUUACAAUUGUGAAACCAUCCACUCGCAUUCUUUCAACAAUGUAUUAUGCAAGGGAACCUGGAAAAAUUAACCACUUGAGAUAUGACACCCUGGCUCAGAUGCUUACCCUGGGAAACAUCCACGCUGGCAACAAGAUGAUUGUUAUGGAAACAUGUGCCGGCCUCGUGCUGGGAGCUGUGAUGGAGCGAAUGGGGGGCUAUGGAUCCAUCAUUCAGAUGUACCCAGGAGGAGGACCUGUGAGAGCUGCUACCACUUGUUUUGGAUUUCCAAAACCUUACUUUGAUAAUCUUCAUGAAUUUCCUCUCAGCAAAGUGCACAGUCUCCUCUCUGGGACAUUUUCUACAGAGACUCUGCCUUCAGACCCUGAAGAUAAUGCACCAGUGGAAGAAGAAAGCAAUGGAUUGACUGAGGAGAAACAGACUUCCCUGCAGGAAACAGAAGAGGAACCUACUACUGAAGCACCCAUGGAGGUCAACCAGUCAGAAGAGCAGGAAACAAUGGACAUUAAUGCUGAAGAUGUAGAAUUUAAAGAGAACAAAGAAAAAGAAAAUAAAGAAAAUGUUCGGGAAAAGCAAAUGAAACAAUGGGAGAGAAGAAAAAAGCUCACAGAAACUGCUGCUUUGUUGAGGGAAAAGAAUGCUGAUGGCUUAAUCGUAGCCAGCAAGUUUCAUCCCACACCCUUAUUACUGUCUUUAUUGGAAUUUGUUGGUCCUUCAAGGCCUUUUGUUGUCUACUGCCAGUAUAAAGAGCCAUUAUUAGAAUGUUACACAAAGCUGAGAGAAAGAGGUGGAGUUAUAAACCUAAAGCUGUCUGAAACCUGGCUACGAAACUACCAGGUCUUACCAGAUCGAAGCCAUCCAAAACUGACAAUGAGUGGAGGCGGAGGGUACCUUCUGUCUGGCAUCACUGUUGUCUUGGAUAAGGGCAAAUCUGAUUCCAGUAGUUUAGAAGCACUGAAGAUGGAGGAGCCAUCACCUAAAAGAUGCAAAGUUCAAGACCUUCAUUGUUAACAUUUGGAGAAUUCAUUUGGUUUUUUAGAUCUCGGGAGUCUUACUGUUAGUAAAAUACCUAUACUUUCAGUGCUCUUGGCAGCACAGGAAUGGUACCUGUCACACAUCUGUCAGAAAAAGCAGCAGAACUGUGUGGUGGGAGGACUGUCUCACUCCUUAGCAGUUUACAUGAUCUGAAUGUGAAGAAGCAGCCCUGGAAGCAAACAGCACACUGAAAUCACUGUAACUUCAGAAAGAAGAGAUCAAGGAAGAUAAAGCAUCAGUGAAGGCAUUCUGUUUGUUUGUUGCCAAAGUUGAAUAUGAUGUAGUUUUUUUAAAAGGUUGAGUCCGAAUCAACACAUCUAACUUAGCUUUCCGUUUUCCCAGAGCAGCAUCAGAGAAUUCUCAUCAGCAUUCUGUGUGAUCUGCUCCCCCUUUGGACACAGAACUCAGCUGUUUUCAGUAAUUUAAGAAAGUAGAAUGAACAGGGGAAAAAAAAAUCAUACACUUCUUUUUCCAAAGGAAUAAUAAAAAGAGAAACUAAUGUUAGACAUGACCCCAUGUUUACAGCAUGACCCCAUGUUUUCCUGAAAUAGAUACAGAAGAGAAAGUGCAUGUUCUUAAAUUAAAAUACUAAGUAUUUAAUCAGAAUGUCUCUAUUAGUAUUGUCUGUCAUUUUCCUGAGAGUUGUUAUCUAUUUUUAAGAUACUACUAUUUUGAAGACUGCUAUAUGUAUAUAUAUUUAUUCUACUGUUUGAUCUUUCAGGAUGUCAGCUUUUUUAUUGAUUUUUUUUUUAACUUUGCAUUUGCCAUGUCAAUUAAACUGCAGGGUGUUUUUCCUAAUGAGA